AUGAAGGUGAGCUCGGUUAUCUAUGUUUCUUUUGGGAGUGUCGUCAUCCACUCCGACCAACAGCUGCUCGAGACAGCAUUUGCACUGGAAGCAUCCGGCCACCCAUUCAUUUGGGUGGUGAAACGCCAUGAUUCAUCAUCAUCAGAUGAAGCAUGGUUGCCGAUCGGAUUUGAGGAGAGGAUGAAGGGGAAAGGCCUAAUAAUAAGAGGGUGGGCCCCACAAGUCGUCAUACUCAAUCAUCCAUCCAUUGGAGCGUUCGUGACGCACUGCGGUUGGAAUUCGGUGCAGGAGGGGGUGCAUGCAGGCCUACCGAUGAUCACGUGGCCUUCCUUCGCGGAGCAGUUCUGGAAUGAGAAGUUGAUAACGGACGUGUUGAAAAUCGGGGCUGGCAUAGGGGUUAUGGAAUGGGUUGGGUGGAUGCAAAAGGAGUGGCCAUUUGUGAAGAGGGAGGACAUAGAGAAGGCUAUAAGGCGUGUGAUGGACGGAGGAGAAGAAGCUGAUGGAAUGAGAAAGCGAGCGAAAGAGCUUGGGAAAAUCGCCAAGGGCGUUGUGGAUGUAGGUGGAUCGUCUUACAAUGACCUGACCCGUCUGAUCGAGGAGCUGAAGACGUGUGUCCAGCAACAAAACAACCAACACUAA